GGUAAGCUAUUACUCAAUUUGUUGAUUGCAUAUUUGGUACAUUCUAUUCUCAUAACACCCUCUCCUGCCUGAAUGUCAAGUUUUUGUAGUCAGUCCUUGUAUUUUCAUCACAUUGGUCCGUUCAAUGUAAAAAGUUAUAUAAUAUAAUGUAAAAAUUUCUGAAGUUUUGUAAAAUAUUGUAAAAUAUAUCGAUGAAAUAAAUUCAAGAAGUUCCUAUUCAUCACAUUAAAAUUAUAAUAAAAAAUACUAUACAUGUACUAGAACAGAUUCAGUUUUAUGAUUGCUUUUUAAGAUUGUUUUAUUAUGACUUGCGAUUCAACAGCAAAAUGCGAAGCCGAUAGUGGUUUGAUUGCUUCUAUCAACCUGAUGAUUCAGUCUAUCUCUGAAAAUGAGGUCAUUUCAGCCGACAAAGUUGAGGCGGGAGCCAAAUUAAUUCUGGAGCAUGCGAACAAAUUUUCAUCGGUUUCAGUGGAAUGUCUCGAAACUUUGAUUAAAUUUGUUGCACUGGCAAGCGCCAAUGGAGCUAUAACGAUUCUAGACUCGUUCCCGCGAGCUGUUUCUCAGAUGUACAAUUAUGCAACUAAAGGGACCCUCUCCAAGACGAUAGUCCAGAAGCUAUCGUCAUUGUCGGUGACGAUGGUCAAUAUAUUUGGUUCUGACAAUAACAGUGAAAGCGACGUUCUAGAAAGUGCCCUCAAGUUCCACAGUCUAGAAGGAUCUCAAGAGUCUCAGCAGCUGCUGGAAAUGGCUGCCGUACAAUGUACAAAAAAGUAUAUGAAGUUCUAUGAAUCAGUUGCAAAAACUCCGUCUAAUUGUUCGGGAGCUGAGCUGUCUCAGUUGGCUGCGUUGAUUUCUCCUUUGUCUUUGCUGGUCAUAUCCAGAAAUAGCGAGGAAGACAAUCUGGACGUGUGUUGUACGUGGGCCAUCAAGGCGUUGUCAGCUGCGGUGGAUCCGCUGUCUCGGCAGAGAUGUCUGGGCUACAUUGGUGCAUGCAUGCUUGUAAAGGGCACAGAACACGUGCAGAAUCUGUUCACUUCUGCUCAAGUGUCGUUCCCUCUCCUGUUCUCACUGAGCUGUGUUGAAGUGCGAAUGUGUCUAGAGAAGCAGCAAGAUCAAAAUGGGGAAUCAAUGGUGCUCUCAAAUGACUCUCUGUCAUGUCUCUUGUCUGCGCUGGAGUCCGCUCUGGACGAUAUAUGUGGAGGAAGGGUGGAGUUGGCCUCUCCAGAUGAGUUCAUGAUUGUGUUCGACAGCUACAAGACCAUGAGCCUCAGUCUGUUAUUCUUUCUCACAACCACUGUGGGUUCAGGGGGCGAGGAAAGUGUACAAGGAGACAUAAGGAGAGAUUGGGUUCUGGUGUGCAAUGCGUGGAAGCUGAUGUCAACAUACCUCUGCGAGACCGAUGACCUGCCUGACGACAACUUUGAUUUCAAACUGCUCAUCAGAUCCAUUCAGAGCCACACGACUAAAUGUGGGCCGGAGUUCCAGAUGUCAUUAAUCCAAGCAGCCCUGCCUCUGUUCAUGUUGAUAAGCAGCAAGGAGUCCUAUAUUGAACUUAUUGUUGAACUGGAGCUACAUCUAAAGUUCAUCAAUUUUCUCAAGACGAAUGCUACUGUCAAUGCUAACCCGAAAGUCAAAUCGAUAGUUCUCUGCUGUCAGUUACUGGUCCACGUCUCAGCCAAUCAUGUGCUAGCGUCUCUCGACCAAUGGGUUGUGGAUGUUUUAAACAUCGAAGAUGACGACAUUUUUCUUCAUGUUACGAGACUAUUGCUGAAAUCGUCAUGCAACUCAGCGAUUUUCAAUAAGAGUGACGAAAAGUUGACAGAGUUGAUGGAUCGGUUGAACAAAGUUGCACUGGACGUUGAAGGAUAUUACGAUGAGUGCAUGGAAACGCUGGAACUUCUAAGAGUGUGACGCUGUACUGAAAUUGAAUAUGGGGUGCUUUCAAUUUUGAACUAAUCGCAUGAGUUGUGCAACUCACUGGUGUUCUAGAGAAAUAGUACUUGCCAAGAAAUGAAGUGCCGCUCUAGAGAGUUAGAAUUUGACUUGGCGUUUGACUGAUUGAUGAUCGGGUUGCAUUAGGCAAUCAGAAUAUGAGACAGGUGUUUUGAUUUGGGCUUGGUCCGUGCUAGACAGAGAAAGUUUAGAAGAGUUCUAAAACUAACUGCUUGAAACUAACUUGAAGCUUGCUUUUGUUUUACUCA